AUGGAUGACAAACAUAAAUUGGGUGUUCUCGGUGCUACGUCGUAUGUGAUUGGCAACAUCAUCGGAUCGGGUAUAUUCAUUACACCUGCUUCAAUACUCAGGUGUACGGACAGCGUCGGUUUGUCACUUGCGGUAUGGGUCGCCUGUGCUCUCAUCGCUAUUCUCGGUGCUCUGGUUUAUAUCGAGCUGGGCACUUCAAUAAGAGAAGCAGGAUGCGAUUUCGCCUACAUUUGCUAUGUGAAAUGGUGGGUCAUUUUUCCUGCGUCAUCUUUUUUACAGUUACCUUUACUCACUUUCUGA